GUAAACAGGCUCUUUGGCUCCUAAGAUAAGAAGGUUUAAUAUGAGAGGAAAUGUCCUAUCGCAGAGAUUUUUGGAUUGUAGAAGAUCUUCCCAAGGAACGUGGAAAUCCCAUUAAAUGGCCUGUCCAAAACCUAACAGGACAAGGUGCUGGGAACGACUUUGGGUUUACCAAGAAUCUCUCUCCAGACAAAAUCAACCUGAGCACGCUGAAAGGGCAGGGGCAGCUGACCAACCUGGAGCUGGAUGAAGAGGUGCUGCAGAAUGUGCUCGAGCUGCCCACCUGGCUUGCCAUCACUCGCGUCUACUGUAACAAGGCAUCUAUCAGGAUCCAGUGGACAAAGCUGAAAACACAUCCAAUCUGCCUGUACCUGGACAAAGUGGAGGUAGAGAUGCGAACAUGCGAAGAACCUCGGCCACCCAACGGACAGUCUCCCAUUGCUCUUGCUGCAGGUCAAAGUGAAUAUGGCUUUGCUGAAAAAGUCGUGGAGGGGAUGUUUAUCGUUGUCAAUUCCAUCACCAUCAAGAUCCACUCCAAGGCCUUUCAUGCUUCUUUUGAGCUAUGGCAGCUCCAAGGCUACAGUGUCAACCCAAACUGGCAACAGAGUGACUUGCGACUCACCCGCAUUACUGAUCCGCAGAGAGGAGAGGUUUUGACAUUCAAAGAGCUCACCUGGCAGACACUUCGGAUAGAAGCAGAUGCCACUGACAAUGGCGAUCAGGAUCCUGUUACUACUCCUUUGAGACUCAUUACCAACCAAGGGAGGAUCCAGAUCUCUCUCAAGAGAAGGACCAAAGAUUGCAAUGUGAUGGCAUCUAAGCUGAUGUUUCUCCUUGAUGACCUCCUCUGGGUGCUGACAGACUCUCAGCUGAAAGCAAUGAUGAAGUAUGCAGAGUCUCUGAGUGAAGCCAUGGAGAAGUCUGCACAGCAGAGGAAGAGCUUGGCACCAGAGUCUGUACAGAUCACACCACCUGCCCCAAGUACCCAGCAGUCCUGGUCUCAGCCGUUCGGAGUCAGCCCAAAUGCAAGUAGCAUUGGUCAGUACUUUGAUAAGCAUGACAUGAAAGAGUCGUCGUACCACCUCCUCAUCUCGCGCUUGGAUCUGCACAUCUGCGAUGACAGCCACAGUCGAGAGUCAGGUGCUUUAAAGCAUGGGAUGCUGGGAGGUGCCAUGCAGCUGACCUUCAGGAGGAUGGCUUUUGACUAUUACCCUUUCCACAGGGCAGGAGAUGCCUGCAAGCAUUGGGUGAGGUACAGCGAAGCAAUGGAAACACGGGGACAGUGGGCAAAGAAGCUGGUCAGUGAAUUUCAAAGCAAGAUUGAGAAGCUUUAUGAAGAAAUGGACCCUGCAUUUGCCAGGACUCCACUUUCCCCCUUCAAAAGGAAACCAGAUACUUCCUUGAGUCCUCAUAAAAGUCCCUUAGAGAAAGGCCGUGUACCUCCCACAAGUUUGCCACGGCUCUGGCACCCUCCCUGGAACCGGCUUCGAUCCAGCUGUGUGGUAGUUCGAGUGGAUGACUUGGAUGUUCACCAGGUUUCCACGGCUGGUCAACAAAGUAAGAAACCCUCCACCUUGCUUUCGUGUAGUAGAAAAUUCUUCAAACUUCCUGAUCAGGUCUCUGCAAUCCAUAUUGAAUUCACAGAGUAUUACUUCCCAGACAAUCAGGACUUUCCAGUUCCUUGCCCAAACCUAUAUGUACAGCUGAAUGGCCUCAUGCUUACCCUGGAUACAGCAAGUGUGCUCUGGAUAAACCUCUUCUGUCUGGAUCUUUAUCGCAGCUUGGAGCAGUUCAAAGCCAUCUACAAGCUGGAGGACUCGGGAAAGCAUGAUGAGCAUGUUGAUGUUCGACUGGAUGGCUUCCGGCUGAAGCUUAACAUCCCUGUGGAGAAGAAAGUCAUUGACCAUCAAGAUCGUCCACAGACACUCUGCAUUUGCACAUCAGAGAUGACUGCCACCAACACCCGCCACGCUCCCUUCUGCAGCUGUCAGGACCUUCAAAGCCUCUUCCGUAAAUUUGCCAGUUCAGAAUUCUUCCACUCCAGCUACACUAAGUUCCCAAGGUCUCAGGACAAUUUCAGCCUCCUCCACACCCUUUUCUUGCGCCAUGCCUAUGAGGUGGAUGAUAGGCCUCAGAAAUAUCCAGGCUUCCCCCAGCUACUCCACAAAACCUCUGCCUCUGAAGAUCUGUGGUCCGUGAAUUUCACCGAGCUUUCCCUGGACUUUGAGGGGGCUGAAAGCUCAAAGGGCAGAGCCCUUAGCUUUAUUGACCCUUUUCCCCUUUCCAUUUGGGCCUGCCUUCCCAAGAGAUGGGGACAAGCUCAGAUAUCUAAACGACAGGAAUUGGCUGCCUCUGAGUUGAAAAUCAAGCCUUCUGCCAGCUUUAGCAAUCACUCCAAGAAUGAGAACCUUUCCAGAGAACAUGGGGUUUGUCAAAGAUCAAAGACUGACCAGGAUCUGAAGAACAUCUAUAAGGUCCCAGAGACAAUGGAUGUCUUGGGAGAAUCUGACUGUGAAACUGAUGGUGGAGUAGAUGAUAAAGAGCUGGAAGCCUCUGCUGAUAUCCAUGUGCUUGUGUCCUCAUCUGUUCAUGUCAAAGUUCGGCUCAACCACUACCAAUACUUGGUGCUGCUGAGGAUGAAAGAAGUUCUGCAAACACUACAGGAGCAGUUGGCCCAAGAUACCCAGGAAGUGACUGGGUCUCCUUUAGAUUCCAUGUCUGCUUGUGUAGGAGUUGUGUUCCACAGUGCCGAAGUGGCCCUACUCAUGAACCCCGCACCAGGCUCUGUCUUGGAACCCAGAUCUCUUGACUCAGACACAACAAGCCUGAUUGAGUCCGAGCUCUCACCUUCAGACAGCAAGGAGGGGCUGGUGGCUGAAGAGAAGGAGCUGAAAUCGGAGACCAGUUCGGAGAAGGAAGUAUGCAGUAGCUCAGAGGUUCCAGAGGACAGCGGGAUUGAAAAUACAGGUACCAGUGUAACCAGUGUACCACUGGAGGGACUCCCAAAAUCUGCAAGUGAUGGAGCUCUGAGUACAGCUCCACAUAGUAAGAGCAUAGAGGAGAAAGGUUUGAUAGAGGAAGCACAUGAAGCUGUGGAAGCCCUGGUUGCAGAAAGACCAGCAGAGACCAGCAGCCGUCCUCAGACCCCUCCUACCCUCCCGUCUACCCCAACCUCAGAUACGCAGCCCUUGGGGAGAGAAAACAUAACUCUCAAUGGCCAGGCAGAACUCAUCCCUUUGAAGAACAUAGAGGUGGAGUUGUCUAGUGCACUGCAUAUCACAAAGGAUGCCACGAAGGAAGCUCUGCACGUGACUAUGGACCUCACCAAAGAAGCCAUGUCUAUAACAAAAGAUGCUCUGAGCCUGAGCCGGGAGAAGAUGACCUCCACCAUGCAGAAAAUGCUCUCCCUCCCCCCAGCCAAGGAUUCUGUGCCCAAAGCAGAAGAGGGAGCAGUGACUCCAAGUGGGAGUGGCAGCAGCCGAAUGCGUUUCUUCUCCAUGAAGAGGACAGCAUCCCAGCAUUCCUUUGACACCACAUCUGUGGAUUGGAGCGGCCCUGAGGAUGGGCUCUCUGUGGACAGCGAUGGCAGUGACGGCUUUGUGAUGCUCACAGACUCUGAACCCAGCCUGGACCCUCUUCCCUCAGGGCAUCUUCCUCAGGUCCACAGUGACACAGGCAGUAGAACAAGCCUGAUGGCAGAGGACGAGGGUGGAGUGUCUCCUGAAAUAAACAGCUCGACUUCACAGAGUGAAGACCCCAGCCUUCAGCUGGUCUCUGUCCUUGUGUUGAAGAUGAAUGAGGUGAACUGUGGAAUAGAGGCACGAGGUGAUGAUUUGUCUGUUGCUUUACAAGUAAUGAAUGUGGUUCCAGAGCAACUGAACAAUGUUGGAAUGUGGCAAUAUCUGCGUGGCUAUCUGGCUCUAGGGGAUCCAGGUACAGAGAAGCCUUCAGUCCCUGAAGCUACUAAGACCCAGCCAGAAGUGUGCUUACGUCUUGAAGUAGGACCUAAUGCUGCUGUGCAUUCACCGCUCGCUGUUCAGAAUGGCUUCCUUCAUAUGCUGGUCCACAGUUACACAGCAGAGUUCUUCAUGUCCUUCCUUACCAACCUGGGCCCCUUUCUUGAGGAUGAAAUAAUUCCAGAGGUGAUCCCCAUGGAGAUAGAAGUUGUGGAUGCCAAAAUCACAUUGAAGGAUGACAGCCCCCGGGUGUACCCUACCUCCCCUGGCCCUGUUCCUAUCACCUUGGCAGUAGAUCACAUCCUUGUGAAGCGCAGAGAUGAUGGGGUGUUCUAUGUAACAGCUCCGCAAGGGGAGGGCUCACUGAAACAGGAAAAACCUGUGUCAGUUCUUCAGGAGCAGAAGGCCCCAGCAGAGUGUGUCUUGGCAGCCCCAGCAGCAGGAACACGUGGACUGCAGUUAAAGGAAGUGCCAGAGUUGCAAAGGGAGCUGCAGACCAUGAAAAUAGCCCUUGCAGAAGCCAACAUGGACAAGGCUCGCCUUCUACAGGAAAUUAGGAAAUACAAUCCCCUCUUCCAGCUUUGACAGUGGAGGCGCAGGCUGCAGCUGCUCAGGAGGAGCAGAGACCAUCACCAGCACUAAGGCGGCUCGUUUGAUUAUAUUGCUGCUAAACGGGUCAACCUCCUGGAGGCUGAUCGCCUCAAAGAAUGGAAACCAACUGUGACUGCAAAAUGAACUUGAAAGAGGAAGGAAGGCCUGGCUGAGCAACGGGGAGGGCAUGAGGAGUUUUCUGUUUGCAGCCACUUCCCUCUGUCCUGGCAGGAUGCUUCUGCCUCUGUCCCUGAACCAGGGCAGUGGUCAGCCCUCAAACAGAAGGUCAGAACUUGGAGGGGGGAUGCCCCAUGUCUCUUCAUCCGGGGUGGUAGUGACAGUGUGCUUUCAGCCUUCACCUUUCAUGGUAAUGCCUUAGAGAUGGUCUGUCUUGGGGAUUCUGCUUUCAGCCUUCCUCGUUGUGUUCUUGCCCACUCAUGCAUGCCAAAGAAUACAGAAAAAGGAGUGUAGUUACUUCACCGCGUCAGGAGUGACAGAGAGUAGGUACGGCAGAAAACAUGGCUCAGAGCUCUGAUGUGAAAGCACGGGUACUAUUGUGUGAAAAGCAGAAACGUAGAUUGGUGGGUGUGGGAGAUGCAGAAGAGCUUUCCCCCCCUGUGGAGUAGGGAGGCUACAGCUCACUAUUCCCUCAAGAACAGGGUCAGGAUAGUAAAGAAACUCCUUCAGACUUCUUUUUCCACCAGGAAUUUGUUGUGUCAUGACAGAAUCGGUAGUAUGUUAGACUUAAUCUGGUUCAUCCUCACUUAAUCCUGCAAUGUUUGGCUUUCUUGAUGCAGAAACACAAAAGACUGCAUUUAUUUCCUUACAAAGCACAGUGUAAAACCUUCUUUAAUUUCACUGUCAAAGAGCAGGGGUGAAGGCAGCUGGUUAAAUCACAGAAUGCGAUGACCUAUGCAUUUUCUUUGGGAUGCACUCUGUCCUCAAAGCAUUGUACGCCAGAGUUUCACCAGCGGAGAGAGGGAGAGCAGAACUGGCCGCACAAGGAAAUAGCUGUCUGUGUUCCUACAUGGUCGUGUAUUUUUAUUAGCACCCAGCUUUUGCCUUGUCUUUCAACAGGGAUGUUGGGGAUGUGGGUGCUGACCAGACCCCGUGGGUGGAGGCUGGCGCUGUUAACCGCUCACUGCGGGGCGGAGAUGAAGCAGUAGCUGCUAGGCUGAGCAUGAUUUGUAUUCUUGCCUUCUCUGGAGCUGCUUCCCUGAAGAGGAAGAAGUUUCUGUGGUCAGUGACUGACUUAAUUUAUAAAGAAAUAGCCUCUACAGGUGUGGAGGGGGAAAAAAGAAAACCCUAGUAAAAUAUGAAGUAAACACUAAUUUUAAAAAGUAAAAAAAAAAAAUGUUAUUUAUGAACUGUAAGAAUCAAAUUCAGUCCUGAAGGCAAAGUGGUACGUGGUUUCUUCAUUCUACUGGUCCAGGCAAUGCACAGUCGAUGGGCUGAAGGAAGAAGCAGCCCUAAGGGGCAGUUGUGAAGGGAGAAGCUGUUCCAGAGGAGGAUUCGCUCUGGGUUCUGAUACAGAAGGGUGUGACUUUCAGCCCCCUCUGUGUUAGGGAUGAACGCCUGUUGCCUCCCCCGUUACACCCAGCAUCUUUACUGUGUGCAGCAUUUGUUGGAUUUUUAUCUUAUUUCAAACUCUGAUUUGGAUUUCUCCAGAUGCAUUUUGUGUUUGUGUAAAUGCACCGUUUCUGACGCACAGGCUUUUUAGCGCAUGUAAAACAGGUAGCGAUUGCCACGUGGUAAGUGCUAGGAAACGUGACAGAUUAUAGCGAUUGUCCUUUAUUAAUCAGAUGGAAACUUCACUUGUCUGUAAGGGUUAGGUAACUCUUGCUGUGUUUUUUAGCUGAACAUACUCCCCAAAA